AUGCGUGGAGGAGACGUAGCAGCAGCGGAGGCAGGGUCCCCACGCUCGCCGGACCUCUACGACCUCUCCGACGACUCCGACUACGCCGCCGCCGCCGCCGCCGCCGCCGCCGCUUCCGACCACACGGCGAUGCAGACUGAUCCGGCGGACAGAGGCUCAGUGGAGACGGCGAGGGUGGACGUGGUAUAUGAGAAGGAGCGUGUGACCAUCCACCCAUCGCAGUAUGGCUCCAGUCGUAUCAGCGGGAAGCUGCGCCUGUUUCUGCAGCAGGGAUCAUUGUUCCUGAAUUGGGAGCCAAACGAAGGAGCUGACUCUUUGUCAACCAGUUCAGUCGGUGUGGAAAUAGAAAAAUAUAGAAAUCUGUACACUAUCAAGGCCUUGCCUUUAAGUGAUGUACGCUUCAUCCGUAGGUCGGAUGACGAUCCUAAUGUUUUUCUCGUCAACGACUUUCAAGAUCCCCUUCAGAAAAGCUUGUCGUCCUUGGAGCUUCCAGGAGUAGCCUCUGUAGCAAAUGCCAUGUCAAGACAAAAUUCGCUCAGUUUUACUGGGUCAAAUGAUGAGUCCAGACAUGGGGCAACUUCUAGCAUGUCUCAGUAUAGCUCAAAGCAAAAGCACAAAUCAAAUGACCCAGGUCGUGAUCUUUCAAUUCAAGUCUUGGAGAAAUUCUCAUUGGUUACUAAAUUUGCACGAGAUACUACAUCAAGCCUCUUUCGAGACAAUAGUGGUGCUCAUGCUUAUGGACGGCAACAACAUGAAUACAUUUUGGACAAUAAAGCAGCUGAUAAACAUAAAAAUCAGUAUAUAACUCCAGAAAAGGCUUCUACACCCUCGGCAACAAUCGAGUCAGAUCCAUUACCUCUGGUAUGGGGAAAACAAAGAGAUCACCCGUUAAGUGUCGAAGAGUGGGCAGCUUUCUUAGAUCCUGAAGGUAGAGUCAUGGAUUCAAAGGCACUGAGGAAAAAGGUUUUCUAUGGGGGAGUUGAUCAUGCUUUGAGAAAAGAGGUCUGGAAAUUCUUGUUGGGGUAUCAUGAAUAUGAUUCAACAUAUGCUGAGAGGGAAUACCUUGCUGCCAUGAAACAAGCAGAAUAUGAAGCCGUAAAAUCUCAGUGGAAGAGUAUCUCAGCCACCCAAGCUAAAAGAUUCACCAAGUUUAGGGAAAGAAAAGGCCUAAUUGACAAAGAUGUGGUGAGAACAGAUAGUUCCAUUCCCUAUUACGAAGGAGAUGACAAUCAGAAUGUUGUAGUUCUACGUGAUAUUCUGUUAACAUAUUCCUUCUACAAUUUCGAUCUUGGUUAUUGCCAAGGAAUGAGUGACUUUCUGGCUCCCAUACUUUAUGUCAUGGAGGAUGAGUCCGAAUCAUUUUGGUGCUUUGCUUCCCUGAUGGAACGUCUAGGCGCCAAUUUUAAUCGUGACCAGAAUGGCAUGCAUGCUCAACUACUUGCAUUAUCCAAGCUUGUGGAGCUUCUUGAUCCUCAAUUGCAUAACUAUUUUAGGCAGAAUGACUGCUUGAACUACUUCUUCUGUUUCCGCUGGGUUCUUAUACAGUUCAAAAGGGAGUUCAGUUUCGACCAGAUCAUGCUUUUGUGGGAAGUUCUGUGGACCCAUUAUUUGUCAGAACAUUUCCACUUGUACUUGUGCGUAGCAAUCUUGAAAAAUUAUCGUCAGCGGAUAAUUGGGGAGCAGAUGGAUUUUGAUACCCUCCUUAAGUUCAUCAAUGAGCUCAGUGGUCAGAUCAAUCUUGACCGGGCUAUCCAGGACGCGGAGGCAUUAUGUACUAUUGCAGGAGAAAACGGGGCUUCCUGCAUUCCACCUGGAACCCCACCUUCAAUGCCCAUUGAGAACGAUGGUGGCCUGUAUGUGCAAGAAGACGAGGUCUUGUGA